UACAAUAGUUUGGAGUGUCUGACCCUUGAGAAAUUAUAAGUAACGUGAAAAUUAAUCGAAAAUAAUUUCAUUUAAUAAAAAUGACGAGUAUAUUAAGGAAUUCAUUCCUAACAGCACAACUGCCUAAUUUGGCAUUUAAAAGAUUUAGAGGAAAAAUAAAUAUCCAGCACCCAAGGAAGCCACAUUUUCACAGAGCACUUAUUAUAGCUAUGACAAAGCCUAUAUACCCGAAAAGGGAACGAGUUAUUCCAUGUCCAAUAGAUGAGUCAAAAUUCAAGAAGAAGGCAGUAGAAGUAAAUCCAUACGAAGUGAUUUUGGCAAAGGAAGCUCGAAAUUGGUUUGAUCAAUCUAAAAUGGUUGGUAUUGUACAUAUAAAUCCAAUCAAUGGCGAAGAGUACUUCAAAGCAGCUGUUGCUUUACACAAACAAGGCAUGAAGAUCAAAAAGUACGGAAAUUCACUUCUUAAACUAGCCCUCCAGGACACAAAGUACGAAUGCAUCAUGGAACUCAAUAAAAACAAGUUUUUUUCGACUGGCUUCAUUUUCUGUACAGAACAUAAUAAAGUUACUACAAUGUUGAAAGUGCUGAAAAAGAUUCCUCAAAUGACAUUACUCUGUGGAAUCGCUGAAGGUCAAUUGCUGUCCAAAAAUGAAUUUGUUGCAUAUGGAAACAUGCCAGAUAUUCAAAUUAUACGAUCACAAUUUGUCAACGUCCUCAAUUUAGCCGGAAGUCAGCUCGUACAAAAUCUUCAAAGUCAUCAAUUAAAUUUGGUCAACAUACUUGAUGCUCAUGCUCGUAAAAACACGAAAAGCGAUGAUGUUAAGGAAGUAAAAAAUGAAAAUAUUGAGCCAACAGAAUCGUGAAUAUGUUAAUUAAUAAUAGUAGAAUUAAUAAAUUGAAUUAAAAG